AUGAACAUUUGUAAGGAAAAAUUGAUAAAUUGGACUUCAUCAAAAUUACUCUGCUCUUCAAAGGCCACAGUUAAGAGAAUAAAAAGGGAACAGAUCGCUUUGUGUGUAUCCAUUCUGGAGAGAUUGCUCCAAGCUGUGGAGCCAGUUCACGUGGCCCGGAACCUCGGGGCUGACCUUCAGAGGGGACUGACUCACCCCAAUGAUUCUGUAAAAAUUCUCACUCUAUCCCAGGUCGGAAGAAUUGUUGAAAAUUCUGAUGCUGUUACUGAGAUUCUAAAUAAUGCUGAAUUAUUAAAACAGAUUGUUUAUUGUAUUGGUGGAGACAAUCUGUCUGUAGCUAAAGCGGCCAUUAAGUCCCUGUCAAGAAUAUCACUAACCCAAGCUGGACUGGAGGCUUUAUUUGAAAGCAAUCUGCUGGAUGAUUUGAAAAGGGUAAUGAAAACAAAUGACAUUGUUCGAUACAGAGUGUAUGAGUUAAUUGUGGAGAUUUCUUCUCUGUCACCAGAAUCUUUAACCUACUGUACCACCAGUGGAUUGGUAACCCAGCUCCUCAGGGAGUUGACUGGGGAGGAUGUGCUGGUCAGAGCCACCUGUAUAGAAAUGGUGACGUCACUGGCAUAUACUCAUCAUGGACGACAGUACCUUGCUCAAGAAGGAGUAAUUGAUCAGAUUUCUAAUAUAAUUGUUGGGGCAGAAUCAGACCCUUUCUCUAGCUUCUAUUUGCCAGGAUUUGUGAAGUUUUUUGGAAACCUGGCUAUCAUGGAUAGUCCUCAACAAAUCUGUGAGCGUUAUCCUGUCUUUAUGGAAAAAGUCUUUGAAAUGACAGAAAGUCAGGACCCCACCAUGAUUGGUGUAGCAGUGGACACAAUUGGAAUCCUGGGAUCCAAUGUUGAAGGAAAACAAGUUUUACAAAAAACAGGAACUCGCUUUGAACGCUUGCUCAUGAAAAUAGGAUAUCAAGCAAAGAAUGCCUCGACAGAGCUCAAAAUUAGGUGUUUAGAUGCUAUUUCAUCUAUUUUUUAUAUACCGCCUGAGCAGCAGACUGAUGACCUCCUGCGAAUGACAGAAUCCUGGUUUUCUUCUUUAUCUCGGGAUCCUCUGGAGCUCUUCCGUGGUAUCAGUAAUCAACCCUUCCCUGAACUGCACUGCGCUGCCUUAAAAGUGUUCACGGUAGGAAUCUUCUUCGUUUUCUCAGGUCCUUCUGGGAUGAAGCUAGUUCAGCCCGUGGCUACUCUGCCAUGCCCUGGGAAAUACCAGUGCGUAGCCCUGUGCUAUUAGUGUAUACUAAUGAGGGAGACAGAUGUGUCAACAGAUUGUUUCAGUUAAAGGCAUUAGGUAUUGUGGCAGAGGUUUGGACAGGAUUCUGUGGGAACACAGAAUUAAUUCCAGAUUCCUUAUCUGCCAUCAAGCAAAUCCUCUAUUGACCCAGCCCGAGACUUCUUCCUGAGCCUUAUUUCCUGCCAUUCCCCUUCUGGCACUCAGUGCUCUAGUAAUACCAAACUGCUUGCUUCACAUCUCUGGACCUUUAUGUGCCCUCUACAUUCAACACUGUUCUCCAACUUUGCUUGUUAACCUCUUACUCAUUCUUAAAGAACUAGCUCAGGCAUGUCUUCAGCAAGCUUUGCCCAAA